GACGUUUAACAUGACAGCACUGAAUUGUUGAUUUUCUGUAUAAUUUUUAUGAUUUCGUAAAUAAAUAUAACACAAAAAUAUUCCAUAGUUAAUUGAUUAAACUAUAAUGUCUACAAGCUUAACAAUCAACUUGAAGAGACCUAGCAAAGUAUAUCAUGAGGGUGAAGUGAUCGCCGGCGUGGUGGUGGUGGAGAGCCCGGGCGACGCGCGGCACGAGGGCCUCGCGCUCGUGGCCGAGGGCGCCGUCAACCUGCAGCUCAGCUCCAAGAACAUUGGCCUCUUCUCCAACACCUUAAAGCCAAUCAACCUGUUAAACACCUCAGUGGAGUUGGCUCCUCCGGGCAAGAUCCCGGGUGGAGUGACUGAGAUUCCGUUCGAGAUCCCGCUGCGCGCGCGGCAGGCCACGUCGCCAGGCUACCCCGGGCUGCUGGAGACCUACCAUGGGGUGUUUGUCAAUAUAAUGUACACACUCAAGUGUGGGAUGAAGAGAUCUUUCUUGAAUAAGCCUUUGAAUGCAACUUGCCAGUUCUUUGUGCAGCAUAGACAUCAAGAGCCACCGGUGCUGAAGCCGGUGCGCUGCGAGAUCACGCCCGCUUCAGUGCGAGCCGGCGGCGGCGCGCGCACGCCCAUGCCCGCCUUCACCAUCUACGCAGAGAUCCACUCCACUGUCUGCCCCCUCGAUAAGCCCCUCACUGGCAAGAUUCGCGUGGACGAGUGCUCUGUGCCGAUCAAGUCAAUAGAGCUGCAGCUAGUACGCGUGGAAACCUGCGGAGAUUCUGAAGGAUUUUCGAGAGAUGCAACAGAGAUCCAGAACAUCCAAGUAGGAGAGGGCGACGUGGCGCGAGCGAGGGACAUUCCACUGUACAUGGUGCUGCCCAGGCUCUUCACCGCACCCACCACCGCCACUGUGCACUUCAAAAUUGAAUUUGAGUUGAACAUCGCCGUGAUCUUUGAAGAUGAUUAUUUAGUAACAGAAAACUUUCCCAUACUACUUCUGAGAAGUAGAUAGCGAAAUGUCGAUCGCCGUGGGGACCAUGAUACUUUUUCUUAAUAGCAUUUAUUUACAUAAAAAGUAGUAUUUACAUUUUCUAAUAUUUGUGUUAAAGUUCAACAUGAUUAAUUUAAAUUUGUUAUAAGAUGAUGUGAACUUGUGAAGAAAAUAUAAAAUGGUACGGUGGCAUUAUGCGUUGGAUUCUAAGUCUAUAGUUUGACAGGUCCGAAAAAAAAAACUUUUUGACAUUGACAGAUGGCAAUUACUGUUAGCUUGGGUUGAAGUGGAAAAGUAAACAAAUAAAGCGUAAUUCAUUGUU